CUUCCAGAUUUUCUUCACUCCAACACUUGAAUUACGAUUUAGUGAUCCCUUUAUAACGAUGAUAUAUACAUUGGCGAAGUUUGUUGGAUUCAGAGUUGUUAGAUCUAUAUACGAUCAGGGAUUUGAUGAGCUAAUUGGAAAAGAACAAUUAAAAAAAGACUGGUUUAAUGGCAGAGGGAGCUUUCAGAUGCCAUGAAGAAAAAGAUUCAUACAGAAUAGGAUGCUUCUGGGGCAAGGCAAGAUAAGCCUCUCCUGACUAGGUCAACUGUGUGGGAGGCACAAAAGCACAUAUAUGCUUUAAGCUCGAGAAAUAAAUCAAUACAAGAAAUGACCAAGCAGAAAUGUAACAAAAGCUUUGCUUUGGGUUCAUGAAUUAGCUGGUGCCUUGCAGAUUCAUCAUUGUCAUUAUACCCUAUCAGCAACCACAUGCUUGCAUUCAAGGUUGGUUUCUCGGCUCACAAAUGCAGUAUUCAGGAAUGCCAUUUUCUCCCGAUCAUGAGAUUCAUUUACCAUUUAUUGGUGGUUUCUAAGGUAGCCCCUUCCCAUCUCAAGAGGUGAUCCACCACGGUCAGCUUUUAGAUUAAAGACGAUGAGAUCGUACCAAGGCUUCCGUAAUUCUCACGAUGAUUUGCCAGUGUGCUCCAUUUUCAAUGAUAGCGUGCCUAGGGAGUUGAUGGAUCUACUAAGUACUCACCUUAAAAAACCUCGUGUGCUAUAUACGGAGUAUGUAUUAUCUGCAUUGGAUUACACUGUGUUACAUCUUACGAGUAUAUUGGAAGAUGGAUUGUGUUCUCAGAUGAUAUUGUUCCAAUCAUUAUAUAAUCAAUGACACAAACAACGAUAUUUAUACUUAAUCAGAAAUACAUAGGAAUGCUUCUCUGCAUUAAAAAAACAAUGUUUAGGCUUAAUGGGCGAAUCACUAUUUGAAGAAAAGUACAGGGAGCUAUGAAGCAUGGGAAUUUUUUUGUAGUAACUUUUGUUCGUUUCAAAAUCAUUCUGUAAAUGUUUUAGAACUUAAUGAAUUUUUUAGGAUAAUUCUUUCUCAUCUACUUCUUUUUAUACUAUCGUGUUUCCUACUUUCUGUUUCUCACAUUUUUGUAUCCAUACCAAAUAGCAAUGAGGUAAAAGAGAUAGAUAUUUAAAUGUGAAUUUACUGAAUUGACUGAAUUCUAAUGUUUUGUUCUCCUAUGGUAUAUAAUUGUUGGGGCAAUGAGCAGGUAGCGAAGUGCGUAGAUCCCAAAUCAGCUAGAGCAAUUGUGUUUUUGGAGCCAAAAAAAUUGAUCCAUGCAAAGCCAUCUUUUCAUGAAAAGCUUCUUUUUAGCUGCUGGGUUGUUAACUCUUUGUGUUGGUUGUAACAUGGCAGUCUGAAUUGGCAGCAUAAGUAGCAAUUCUAUGAUGACUUCCACACUGCCUACUUUGGGAGAUUUGCACCCUCUAUGUGUGGGGGGAGGGCAGACCCACACCUUAAGGAACACUCGCCUGCUUCAGGCAGGCUCGAUGCCCUAAAUGAAGCAACGGGCUAUCCGAUUGUCGUUUCUGAACCUGUACAGAAAGUGUUGGAACAUUCCAUGAUCUCCCAACAAGGUGGCGUUCCUCGUUCAGGGGCGUGAAGAACCAGUGGUGAUAGUGAUUAGGUGUGAGUCUCCUUGAUCACCCGUGGCAUCAGACGAGAGACUCUAGAGUUCAAAAGUCCGUGACAAUUGAAAAAAGUUAAUUUGAGUUGAAAGGGUGGACACAUUUACCCAUUGCCUGUAGCAAACUGAAAUUCUUCUUCCAACACACCUUCGUUCAUUAAUUCUUCCAUAUGGGUUUUCUUCUGCAAUUAUUAUCUAUAUUGUAUACACACAUUGAAGUUUCUGUCACUGGUGGAGCAUUUAGACAAAUUUGAUUGCAAAGGUAAUUGAUAUUUUUGAAAUUUGUAUUUGGGGUAUGGAAAAUGAGUGUUAAAAUGAGUUUGAACAAAGAUCUAGCAUUUAUUUUGAUUGAUUUUGACCUUCCAAAUUUUCCCUUGAUUUUCUUUACCCAGCAUUUUCCAAGCUCAAAGUUUUCGUUUCCACAUUCUACCGGGUAAUUCUGAUGCAAUUGGACUAGUUGUUCGACUCGAGGCAAUGAGUCGAGUACCAUGUGGCAACCUUGUGCUAAAAUUCAAAUGACAAAGAUCUACAUUUAUUUAGAAUUGAUUUUUGACCUUCCAAAUUUUCCCUUGAUUUUCCUUACCCAGCCUUUUCCAAGCUUGAAGUUUCCAUUUCCACAUUCUACCAAGUAAUUCUGAUGGAAUUGGACUAGUUGUUCGGCUCCAAGCAGCGAGUCGAGUACCAUCUGAAUUGUGGCAACCUUGUGCUAGAAUUCAAAUAACAAAUGAUUGAAGUGACACAAAUAUGAAACAUGUCAUUGCAUGCUUUGCUCUAGGAAAGACUGACUUUUUUCUUCUGUCGGCACCUGCUAGGAAAGUAUCUUUGUUCAGUAUGAACACAUUUAAGUUAAUGCUAUCAUUUUCCCUUGUUUUUUGUGGCCUGCUUAAAAUAUUAGUAUAUUGCUUUAAGUACCGGCAUAUAUGAUGGAUCGAUUUUUAUUUUUUAUUUUUGUUGUAGGGACGUUCGGUGGUAAUGCCAUGUGCAUCCGCUACAACAUGCCUUGCCUCUCUUCCUUAAGAUAACACAACGUUGUUGCUAUUGGCUUGGAUCAGUCCUACACUUCCUCAAAGUGAAUGAUGAGCCCUACACCAUCAUAGCUUAAGCCAUAAAGUGUGCAUUCACUAGCCAGGGAAAACCUGCAACUACAUUUUUGUCAACAAUUCUCUACACAACAAUAGCAACUAAUACUGCAAACACCUAAACCGAACCGGACCUUAUAGUUUUUGUAUUUGGAAAUUAAUUGAAAUUAGCAACUACGGCAAACAACGUUGUUAUCUUGGGGAAGAAAGGCAAGGCAUGUUGCAGCGUGAGAACAUGGCACCAACACCGAAUAUUUUUACAACAAAGUAAAAAAUUGGAGAUAUGCUCAUCAUAUAUUCAUUUCUAAUCUUACAUACCGAUAUUUUAAGCAAGCAACAGAAAAUGACAAAAGGGAAAGAACGAUAGCAUAACCUUAAAUGUGGUCAUACUGAACAAGGACACUUCCCACCAGGUGCUGACAAAAGAAAAAAGUCUGUCUUUCCUAAAGCAAAGCAUGCAAUGGCAUGUUUCAUGUUUGUCUCACUUAAAUGAUUUGUCAUUUAAAUUCUAGCACAAGGUUGCCACAAUUUAGAUGGUAUUCGACUCGUUGCCAGGAGCUGAAUAAUUAGUCCAAUUGCAUCAAAAUUAACAAGUAGAAUGUAGAAAUGGAAACUUCAAGUUCGGAAAUGGUUGGGUAAAGAAAAUCAAGGGGAAUGCUGGUAGGUCGGAAUAAACUCUAGAUAAAUGCCAGAUCUGUGUUCAAAGUCAUUUUAAUAGUAGUAUGUUAUAUAUUUCUACUUUAUUACAACAAAGUUACUCUAUAUAAUCCCAACUCUAUUGUAGUCUUGUGAUCUAGAUAUGCAACAAGUUAACUCAACUUUGUUGUUAUCCCAAUAUAGAGGUUCUGUUGGAUGUCGAUUCUUGGGAACGCCUAUGGACAUUAUUCAAACUAAAUAAUGUCCACCAUCACUGAAUAUUGUUCCACCAUUAGACAUUACCCAAAAAUAUAAAUUUGAAAGUCAUAUUUUAAUACUUUUGUGACGCUGCCUAAGAAAAAUAGAUGUAUUGUGUUUUUCUAUACAUAUCUAAAAAAGCGUUUUUCUGCAGAGGAAACAGUUUGAUGAUAUGUGGAGCGACCUUCCCUUUGAUCUCUUAGCUGAAAUCUUCUCUUCCCUCUCCCCCGACACCUUCGUCCGCGCCAAGUCCGUCUGCAAGAACUGGGCUGCUUGCGCCGCCGCGUCGCCUCCGUGGGCACGGCGGAACAACCUCCCCUGGUUCGUUGCAAUGCCCGCUCGGGCCCACCACCACUUCUUCUUCUGCGCGCACAACCCAACUCAAAAAGGCGGGUGGCACUUGCUGCCCUCCGGCCUCAUCCCUCCUCCGGUCCGCCCGGUGGCAUCCGUCGCCGGAAUGGUGAUACUCCGGCUGGGUACAGCCACCGCUCUUCAGCUUGCAAUCUGCAACCCUUUUACCGGCCAGUUCCGCCGCCUCCCGGUUAUGAACACCGCCAGGACAAAUCCGGCGGUAGGGGUGGUCCCGGUGAAGGAGGAGGAGAAAUCGGGGUACAGAAUCUACGUGGCCGGCGGGAUGUCGGAAGGCGGGAGAGGCGGGGCGUCGUACGUCCCGACAGUCGAGACGUACGACCCGAACCGCGACAAGUGGGCGUUGACCGGGUCAAUGCCAAUGGAGUACGCGGUGCGCCUCACCGUGUGGACACCCCGAGAAGGGGUGUACAACAACGGGGUUUUAUAUUGGAUCAGCUCGGCGCGAGCCUAUAGCGUGGUCGGGUUCGAAGUAUGGACAAAUAAAUGGAAACAAUUUAAAGUCCCAAUGGGGGAGAGUCUUGAAUUCGCGGCGUUGGCAGUGAAAAGGGGAAAAUUGUUAGCCUUGGGUGUUGGGGAGGCUUGCGACGGGGGAGGGGCGUGGGUGUGGGAGCUCGGUGCGCCGGAAGACGACCCUUGGAGGGUAAUAGAGAAGGUGCCAUUUGAAAUGGGGAGAAGAUUGGUGUGGGGGAAAGGGAGUUGGGGGGAUGUUAAGGGUGUGGGGAUUGAUGGAGUGGUGUGUUUGUAUAGGGAUUUAGGGGAAGGGGUGGUGGUUUGGAGGGAGUGUGGGGAGAAUUUUAGGGGUGAAUGGUCUUGGAUUGAAGGGGGGUUCCAAGGGGGCUGUCGCUCCCUUGGCGGGGGUUCGAGGACAGCGCACCCGAGUAGGGUUCAAGGAUCGGCAGCCCCUGCGGGGUCCAAGCUAAGGGGCAAAGCCUAGGAUUUUUUUAUUUUGGACACAGUGCUGUAUUAAAAUUUUAGGUGAAUUUUUAAUUUUUGGAAUUUGGGUUUAUACAAAUUUCUAAAAAAUUGCCACUUCUAAGUUUCGCGCGAUUAUACGUGAACUUUAGAGUAGAAAACGCGACUGCACAUCUCUUCUCUCCGCUUCCAUAAAACCCCGGCAAAGUUUGGUCGAAAAAUACGGAGUACUUUAACAAAGGAUUCCUAUUUUA